AGCUUGGUCCACUUCUCCAGGAGGGAGAGAGGAGAGAGCCGCGGAGCUUCGGUCUGGACGCGGGCCAAGCCUGUCUGGUGUCAAACCAGCCUGAACAGAUACUCUCAGACAUCUCAUUUCUUCACCUCAUUCCUGAGACGGGACUCUGCCCACCCCUUGUGUAAAGCAAUUUAAACCUGAUAGCUCAUCAUCUCCACUGAAAAUAUUUGCUGGACUAUUAAGAGUCUCUCUUCACUUUUCUCCCUCAGAUGCACUUUGCCACCGUGCAGAGCCAGAGCCAGAGCCGGGCAUGGCUUUUACGCGCAGACCUCCGUCCUCAGACCCUCCUGUUGUGAAGAUCCUUUUUUAAUCUCCGCGUAUUUUUUUUGGAUACACACCAACCCUUACCUUUUUUCUUUUGAAUGUUUUAUAUUUUUUUUUCAACUUCAACACGUGGAAAUGUUCCGUCCAGAUCCAUAAAGGAGCAACUUUUGGUUUAAUAUGAACUUAUUGCCAAGUGGAAUAUGUUUUUAUUUAUCUGUAGCAAUCUGCUGGCUGAUGGCCGAGGUCGAUGCGUCCUGGUGGUGAGUACAGCGUGGAUUUUUUUCACAUCUCCAGAAAAAAAGUGCAAAAAAAAAGUAUUUUCUCUGGAAAAUCAACGUGCACGUUUAACGCCACGUGCGUAAAAAUGCGUUUAAACAAAUUGAAAGUCUUGAUUUAUCCUUCAGUCUCAACACGGCUUCUUUAAUUAGUGUGAAAUUAUCGCUUGUUUGGAUCACGUUUCAAAUGGUUUCUUAACUACUGUCUACAGACAUUUCCCACAGAUAAAGUAACCUAAUUCCCCCCUUUAGUUUACAUUUCUCUGCUUUAAAAAUACUGAGGUUAAAGGCGGAGUUUUUUUGGACAGCUGCUUCUCCAAGAUCAAGUCAUUCAAUAUGAUUUAAUUUCUUUUUUAUUUGCUUUCUUUCUCUUCAAUAUUUAAUAAAUCCAGAGAUACUGUUUCCAUAUUCUGAGGAGGAAUACUGAGGUGCGGUUUGAGGCUGCGAGUUUCUCCCUCCAGCUUUAAUCAAAUUAUAGAAAAGUCCCUGCUGUCUGUUCUGACUCCAUGUCAGUCUCCAGGAGCUUGUUCUGCAGUUUGCAGCUGAUUUAUCUGGGGAUUUGUAAAGAAGACACAUCUGCUUUGUUUUGACAUUAUCUGAAGUGGAAAGGUUUAAUCUGCAGAUAAACUUUAAAGUGUUUUUGAUCAAGGUUUCUUUGAUCCUCCACCCCUGCAGGUACAUGGGCACCCUGGGCUCUCAGGUGAUGUGCGACAACAUCCCCGGUCUGGUGAACAAGCAGCGCCAGCUGUGUCGCCAGCACCCGAAGGUGAUGCAGGCCAUCGGGGCCGGGAUCAAGGACUGGAUCUCAGAGUGCCAGCACCAAUUCCGCAACCACCGCUGGAACUGCAACACCACGGCCAGGGACCACAACCUGUUCGGACGGCUGCUUCUGCGCAGUGAGUUGAAACUUCACCAACCUCAGACUGUGAGACAGAGUCCGAUAGUCAAGGCUGCUUGUUUCCAUGAUUCUGUCCCAUCUAUUUGUUGAGUCCUCAGUGUCUCCAGGUGGGAUGUAUCCUGGGCAAACUAAGACAAAACAAAAGAAUACAAUCAAAAUACAGUUUACACGCCGUCUUACACAUUAGAUUACCAACAUCAGGACAAACACACAUGACCUCUAAUCCUUCAGGAGGACAUUUAGUGAAAAAUGAACCAAAUAUAGAUCAAGUUUUAGGGAUUAGUGAAGAGGGAAUCACAUUACUGUGGGCUGUGAGCUUUUGUGGGUCAGUCUCAAAUCACAUGUCCAUCUCAGAGGAUAGUUUUAUUAAAUGAAGGAUAUAAGAUCAUUUUUAUUGCCUCUGUUGACAUAAAAUGUAAGUAUAGUCUUGAUAGCUGAGUCCUUAAUGAAUUGGGAUCAGCUGAUCAUCGUCUUUUAAAGAACUUAUUGUGUCUUGUCUCUUCACACCUGUUGUAAACAACGUGAAACGCAGACUUAAGCACAAAAACAGUGGUCUGCAUGAGGCGUAUUAAACAUGAUAUAAGGACUUGAGGGGCUGUCAACGCUGCAUGAACUAAGAAUAGAAAGUUAGUGACUCCAUCGCCUGCAGCUGUAUACAGUAUCCGCCGGUUUGUGUUCCCAGGUCUUUGUCCGCUGACACUGAAUACCUCCGUGAUUGUGGAGGUAUUGCGUCGGAUCUGUUUGACAAAUCUAAGCGCACGGUAACUCCGCGGAGUGUGUUGCGGUUUAUUUGCAUUGCCGAGCCCGUCUGAGAUAGAGUGAGUUCACUUGCAGAUGUGCUCUUCUUCUUUUUUUUUCUCUCUGACAGAGGUUGGAUUGCAUUCCACGCCUCGUCUCACUUUACAGUUUCACAUUUAUCACACAGAGGAGCAGCUGACUGGUUUCUCUGUUUUAUCUUUGAUAGGGGCCAAAGAGUUCCUCAGUGGGGGUUUUUAGACGAAUAUUGGAGUUUGAUCAGGUCGGUUCGGUGCAGUAAAGAUUUCUGAGGAGAAGCACUAUUGUCCCUCUGAUUCAGAUCUAUCAUGACAAAUCUCAUGUUUACGUUACAUCCACUUCAGCUACUGUCACAGUGGGCUGAUCACUCUCCUCUCAGCCCAUUGGAAUGAGAUAUGGUAGAAAAUUUUGGGCCUUUUCAAAGUAAAAGUAAUCCCCUCACUUUGAAGAUCCCUGCUGCGUCAUUAGCACUGUUUAUCUUCUCAGGAGAAAAGACUUGAUCGAUGAAGCUUUUUGCGGUCCGUUCUGAAGAUGCAAAGUGCAAAAUAGUGUCAUGAAGAGUGUGACGGAUGACGACUCCUCUCCGGGAGUAAUUAGUCGGUGUGAUUAGCAGUAUUAGAGGCUGGAGUGAUGAACUGAUAAUGAGCAGCGGUAAGCAGAUGUACGUUCUGCACAGAAGCAUCCUGUCAAAUCAGACGUGUCGCUGAGCGUCUUCUCAGCAGAUAAACCCGGCCUGUGGUUCCUGCAGGAACAUGCUGGAACAGGUCCUAAUCUUUUUUUAUUGCCACUGGAGGAUCACCAGGACCCGGCGGCCUGAUGUUCCUCUCCCAUGCCCUGAGAUUUAACCUGCGAGGCGGAUCCUUCGACUUAGUCUGUUUCAUGUCGGGGGGCCUCUAAUCAGUCGUGUGGUAUUCGGACCUCCCAGCCCGGGCCCCCGCUGUGUCACACAGCAUUACCACGGUGCGUCCAAACCCCCCCUCCUCUGUCAGAAGCUCCUUAUUGUCAAUGUCAGCGGGCUAAUUUCAAACAAUUACACAGGAGUUUCACUUCUCUGGUGUCGUGUUCUCUCAGCGUUCUCCUCAUUAACCUCGUUAGACACGCUCAACUUAGCUACCGGACUCACACACACUCAUCCGUGCACUGAAGAGACCGCUGUACGGGUCUGUGUACCACCGAGAGUUUACCUGCUGACUUUCAUGAACUUGAAGAAGUUUCUACUUUACACAAGCAGCUGUUAGAAAACUUUGCUGAAGUAAAACAGCACUUUUAUUUUGGAGAGGAAGUAAAAGUCAAAAUACAAAGAUUUUAAUUUGAAACUGAAAGACACCUUUUGGUUUUUGAGCGGUUUGAAGAAGGUUACAGAUAUAAAGCUGUCAAGAGAUCAGCAUUAACGAAAAUCACCAUUACAAUCAUACUGUGAAAUUUAUUUAAUGAGUGUAACCAUAAAAAGGCAAAACAAGAGUGGAACAACAUACUAAAUAUGCUCUUAAUUUAACCUACAUGUUACUAUUUCUAGUUAUGUGCAAAUUUAUGUUUCACCCUCAUCACCGGCCGUGUAAUCUCAUAAAAUGAUUGUUAUUGUUUCAGUCUCACCUCUGAGUUGCUUCAUUUCCUACAUUGAAAAUUUAUGCUUUUAUUUUGAAGUGUAAGCUACUAGGGCUGAGAGAAAAAAUCGAUUUACAUAAGUAUCGCGAUUUUUUGUUGUACAACUUUUAAAUUGAUUUUAAUGUUCAAAAAUGUUUUUUUCUUUUUUCAAAUUUAAGAACAAUGUACAUUAUAUAAACAAGUGUUAUCUUACCUCAGACACACGGCUAGUCGCUGCUCCGGGUCAAUCGGCGACCUGAAAUUUGUCAAAAUUUGCCUCAGAAUAUUUCGUAAUUUCGCGUUGUAUAUUUGCAUCAUUCCCGGUAUUUAAGGACCUUUACAUGUGAUGUGUAUUUUUUGGGAAAUAUGGUUCCUGUAAUAGUCAGUAGACAAUCAUAAUAAUUCAACUGUUUCACUGGUGUUAAAAAUGCUGACUAAAAAUCGAGAAAGUCAACAAUAUCGUAGAAUCGCAAUUAAAAUCAAAUCAGCAUCCAAAAAAUUGUAGGAAAAUCAAAUCGGGAAAAAACAUGUCAUCCCAGCCCGAUAAACUACUGUAGGUAGAUCAUAAGUUACAUGACUGAAUAAAAAAGAACGGUUGGAAAAUGUUAAAUUGAAAAGUAACCUGAAGAGGCGCCUGCUCUACAGUUGCAUUUGGAUUCACAGUAAAUCAGGAUUUCUGUUUUUUAAAGUGCAAAAUCAACUUUUAGAGAGCUGCGUCUUCUUCGUCUCUUAUCAGUUUUAUUUUAUUUGGCGACCCGCUUCAAAAAUCUUAUUUUUAGCAUAAGAUUUUUCGUAUUUCACACCACGAGACUCAAGCGUAGAAAUGAAACCACGUCAUUAUCAGCUCCUCUGCAAAGUUAUGUCAGCAUUAUUGUUUUUUUAAGACAUGGUAACAGACUUGGACUUUUUUAAAGUUUAGUCGUCUAUAACAAGGAAACUUUGUUCUCACUUUUACACUGUGCCUUUGUAUAAAUGUGGACAUUGUGCCUCCAUCAUCGUCUCCCAGAGCGAGACAUGAAGCCAAAGAUCUACCUUGACGGGUGCUGACUCAUCAUACCAGUCAAACCAAAGAAUGCACACGGGCGAUCUGACUGGUCGAGCCAUUGAGCUGACAUCAUACCCUGACCACCAACCAAAACACAUUUUUGAUGCACAGAUAAAAUGUCUGGAGAUCCUUUAGAGUCCACCGCAGAACAGAUGAUUGUCUUAUUUUGAAGCAGAUACUCAUGGUUUUUGGAAGUUCAGUGUCCUCGAGUUUUCCUCCUGUAAAAAUUUGUCAACGGAGCUGUCAAUCAAUCAAUUUAUUAUUAUUACUAACACACAAAAGUACAUCGACAUGACCUGUGACUUGCAAAUGACACUGUCCUUAAAGGGAUAUUCCGGCAUAAAAUUAAUUUAAGGUCAAUCACAGCGUAACACCGAGUUAGACACCCUCUCGAGGGAUAAAUGUUGCCGACCACUUGCUCCUUUUUUUAUUUCUUUAUCAUUUCUUUGAAGUAAAAAUCACCAUAUUCGUCAUUUUACACUGCAGACGCGGUAGUUCUUCUGCAUCUCGGUUUGAUUGCAUUUCCCUUGAAGAAAUAAUCAUAAAUGUUCUUCCUUGAGCUGCGUCACCCGCUAGAGUCCGUAAUGGACUGGCCUGAGGUCUCGCUACAAACAAGUGGCUGCUGGAAGAGAGUAGGUGACUUGUGUUUAGUCUCUUUGCUAAAGAAAUUAGGCAAAGUUAAAAAGAUGUUUGGUGGCUAGUACUAUGUCUGGGACCCUGUCUGUCCUGUUGAUGAAGUUAGGUGCUGUUCUGAGCAUUAUUUGUGGCUAUAGAGUGGCGUUUACGUCGAGGUUUGUUUAUGGCUCCUCAGACUGCUGUGUAUUGCUAUCGUGCGGUCGUUACUAAAGUUGGUAUAACUAGAGAAGCAAGCGGUCGGCAACAUACAUCUCUCGAGGGGUUGUCUAACUCGGUGUUACGGUGUGUUUGACAGCUGGAAUACCCCUUUAAUCCAUCCGAUCACUGUGCGGUCAUCAUUUCUUGACCUCUACCUCGACAUCUUGCGACCUCCACCUCAGCAUCUGGUCUACGGUACAUCCAGUCUACGAGAUAAAAGACCUUACAGCUAAAAAUAUUUCUGACGUGAAAGAUUCACCUCUUUCAUUUGAGAUAGUUUUGUAUCAGCGCUUACACACACACACACACACACACACACACACACACACACACACACACACACACACACACCCUUUGAUCUCCCAUCAGUUACAUGUGGAGGCAGAUAAGCGCUCUCCUAUCAGGGCUCUGCUGGUAAACGUUGGCUGUUUAUCCAGUCUGGAGGUAGAUGAAGCGUUUUUCAUUUCAUGCCUCACAUGAAAUAAAAGUUGUGUGCAGAUAAAAACAAACAGGAAUCAUACAGGUAGCUGCUCUGGCCAAACAUUUGAAGAUUCUCUCCGGCUUCAUUUUGCUCUCAGCUCGUAUUGGGAAACGAGAUCAAUAAGAGAUAAAGAUUGUUAUGUUAGAUUUGCAUCUGAUCUCACUACACUGGAGUUACUGAUGUAGAGAAUCGCAUCGCUGAAUGUUAGUUUUUUUGCUUCUUUUUGAUCAAACAUUGAGAUGAAAACGUGAGGAAAAAUGUGAAAUAAGUACGGAGAAGUUCUUGUCUGAUAGCUCUAAAAGAAAACACAUUUAUUAGUAGUUAUCUUUACUCCCACAAAGCGGUUUCUACCUUUGUUUCGAACCUUUUCCUCCUCGUCCAAAUCAUUUCUCCCUCUCCCCUCAGGUAGCCGUGAGGUGGCCUUCAUGUACGCCAUCUCCUCAGCAGGCGUGGUUUACACUUUGGCACGAGCCUGCAGCCAGGGGGAUCUGGACUCCUGCUCCUGCGAUCCCACCAAGAAGGGUUCGUCAGUGGACGCCAAGGGCUCCUUCGACUGGGGCGGCUGCAGCGACCACGUGGAGUACGCCAUGCGAUUCACUCAGGCUUUCGUGGACGCCAAGGAGAGGAAGGAGAGGGACGCGCGGGCGCUCAUGAACUUGCACAACAACAGAGCCGGCAGGAAGGUGAGGAGGAGACGAUCGUCUGAGCGUCUGUUGAAGUUGAUCAAAUAUUGUAUCGUGUGUUUUUGUAUUAGAUGAUUAGAGUUUAUCAGUAAUCAUAAAUACCAACCUUUAGGUAGUCAUGGAUACUUACAGGUACAGGUGUCUGAAACGUCCUUCCUGUUUCCUCUCCGUCCAGGCGGUGAAGCGCUUCAUGACCCUGGAGUGUAAAUGUCACGGUGUCAGCGGCUCCUGCAGCGUUCGGACUUGCUGGUUGGCCAUGGCCGACUUCAGGCGCACCGGCGACCACCUUCGCAAGCGGUAUAACGGCGCCGUGCAGGUGGCCGUCAACCAAUACGGCACUGGGUUCACGACCGCGCACACACACUUCAAACGACCCAGCAAGAACGACCUGGUGUAUUUCGAGGACUCGCCAGACUACUGCAUACGGGACCACGAGUCAGGUAAACAAGAGUAGACCUUCAGAGUGAGUCUCUGUAGGUGAUGAGACGACUCUAUCAUAUAUUAGGGCUGGGCGAUAUGGCCUCAAAUCAACAUCAUGAUAUAUUGAGCAGUUCACCUCGAUAACGAUAAAUGGACGAUAACUACUCCACAAGCUGCUCACCCCCUCCCAUAUUAACUUCAUCUACUUUAGUCGCUACAACUUUUGAACCGUCCUCCAUCUCCGAUGAAGGACAGCGUCUUAAAGGGACAUAAGACAAUGACCUACCUACACACAUCCAAAGCCAGAUUUUAUUUAUUUAUCUAUUUUUUUGACACUGAAUAUACCAAUAUGGGCAAAAUGACGUCGGUUAUGGUCGUAAAUUUCGAUAUCGGUAAAUUUUCGGUUUCUCGCCCAGCCCUAUAUUAUGACACCUUCCCCAGGCAGCAGUUAUAGAUAUUUAAGAUGUCUCUGUAGAAACAGUCCAUCAUUAGGCUGAUGGUCUUGUUUAAUAGUAUAGGCCAUAUAAAGGCAUUAAUACUGAUUUCAGUCUAUUAUGUAACCUGCUAAUAUCUACGUUAAGAUGCUUUAAAGGACUAAGCUGCUAAAUUAGAAACACAAAGACGACAGAUUUUUGAGUUUUUAGGAUUUUAAGUGGUUAUUAGUAAAAAAUUGUUCUUGAUGUUUCUGCCUGUGAUGUAUCAUCAUGGAAUCGUCUACUUCAGCCGCCGCUACAACUUUUGAACCGUCCUCCAUCUCUGACGUACGACAGCGUCUUAAAGGGACAUGAGAACAUAGCCUACUUACACACAUCCAAAACCAACUUUUAUUUAUUGAUUUAUUUAUUUAUUUUUGAUCCCGAAAAUGUUGACAUGACGUCGCUUAUUGUAACUUUUGGCAUCGGUACAUUUUCGGUUUAUCGCCCAGCCCUAUCAUAAACUGUGUAAAAGCAUGCAGGCCUCUAAAGCAGCAUGUCUCUCAGUGUGUGAAAUCUGUGUUUACAUAUGUGAGGCUCUGAACAGGACAGUGAGUGUGAGAAAGAAAAUGUUUGUGUAUGAAAUCUGUGAGAGUGAAGAGUGUGUGUGUGUGUGUGUGUGUGUUCCUGAGGAGCUGUGUAUGCCUGUCAGGCAGCAGAUGAUCCGUGGCGAUCGGGUGUCGGCCAGUUUAAGACCCAUUACACACUUCUGUGGGCUGAAACUUUAGAACGCCGCGGAUCACUAUAAAUCACCACCGCACACACUUGCACACACACUUGCACACACACUUGCACACACACACACGCACCUGAGGGCACGACUGGCCUGCAAAGAGAGGCAGAUUUCAGGGUAGGGCUUUAUCACACACCCCGAUACACCAUAACAACAAUCAGACAUACAUUAGAGAAGUUUUAACGUGUGUUUUCUGUCGUCGUCGUUUGUUCAGCGAGAAAAAUAAGAAGUCUACCAAAGGUUUUAACUUGCGUGAUCAAAAUUCGCUUUGGUUUGUUUUUUGUCGGAGCAGAGGAUGAGUCAAACCUGGGAACGGUCUGUCACGGGACAGUGUCAUGUAUUCAGUGAGCUGUAGGAGUUAUCAGGCACAGUCAUGGUCCUUUAGGGGGUUUUAUGACCCGAAAGAGGCGUGAAGAAUCUGUAGAGGCAUGGUUUUAAUUUAGAGGGCGAGAAGAAGAAGACGGUUUCCUGCUCGGAGAUAAAAGCCAAGGGAUUGUAUUUUAGUCUUUGAGUUUGGAGGUUAAAUCGUGAUGUUAAAGCUUUUCCAUCACCGUCUCACCGUCUUUUGACUCGUGAUCAUCUCACUGAAGUUUGAACUUUGAGGUCAGGAAAUAGGAAACGAUAGUGAUGCAAGAAAAUUGGUGUCUGUAUUGGCGCCUGAAGCCGUUAUCGGGGUGAAGCACAUUGACUUAGCAGCCUUUUACCCUCAUUUCUUCUUCAAGAUCAGAAAAAGUUAGAAGAUGUUUGUCUUGACCCACAGGAGACCUAAAAUAGAUACAAACCCACAAUUCCUCGUAGAAGAUUCAGAGGUACUUCAGGGUUGUAACAGGCUGCAUCGGUUGGAUUUGUUUGGUUGUGACUGAGACCACGUUUCCACGUGUCUGGCUAUUUUCAUAAACAGAAUUUUAACUUGGGUGAAGUCCACGUUUGCCAGUCAGAAUCCAGCAUAGCAGCGACAACGACAACAACAACUUCCCUUCCUUUUUUCCUGCACACAAUCUGCCAUUUUUCAGAGUUUUCCAAAAUCUCCACUUUUUAAGAAGCAUCAUUUUCAGGUGCGAAUCCUCUGUGUGCAUCUAAACGAAGGGUGCAAGCGAUGGUUAAUGUCUCCGUUUUUGAAAAUAACCGGGUACGUAUAAACAGGGCUUGAGUGAAAUCGCAGUUUUCUGUUUUAAUCACCCACUCUGUCACUUGUGUGUUGUCUGCAUUUGAAGUUGUGUUGAGAAGUUUCAUAAGACAUUGUGAACAAUCUUUGUCUUAGUUUGUAAAGCUGGUAGAGAAAGGAUAAAGCAGAUACUGGAUCAGAUUUGACAGGUUUGUAAGGGCAGGAUAGGCAACUCAAAAAACUCAAAUAAAGUAGGGUGAUCACAUGUCCUCUUUUUUUGGGAGUUGUCUGGCUUUGUCUGGGGAAGUUUAUAAAAUCUUUUAAAUGUCUGCGGUUUUGUAUGAAGGUUUUGAGUUUGUGUCACGUGGACUUACUGAGUUAGAAGCGCGUUAAAGACACUCGAUCUGACCUGAAAAACUCUUGAAAUUAACUUCGUCUGUGACUCUGUGACUCCCUUCCUUCGUAGUUAUGUCCAUUUUGGGGGGAUUCAGAAUAUGGUCAUCCUAAAUAAAGUCGUAAUUCAAUAAAAGUGUAGAUUUGUUUGUGUCUGCUCCCACCCUGUAGCUCCCACAUGCAGACAACAGUGGUCCAGGAAAAGGGAGUUAAAUAAUGUCUCUUUCGGUGCGAAUAUUUACCAGCUAUGAGGCGUGCAGCCCCUCGAAAAUUGGCGCCUGACAGGACGAAUCUCAGACCCUGCAUUUUAAUUCUUGUUCUUAUUUAUGGAGGCCUUACUAGAGGGUUGCAAAUUAAUUUCUGCUAGAAACCUGUUGCAUGGCAUCUACUUUGUAUGCAAUGAAACAUCACAGAAAUUAAUCAAUUUUAAAACAGUUAAGCGUAGAAAAUAAUCUGUAUUUGAUUGAUCGUCAAAGACAGUAAUGAUUAGCUGGAUUUCGGCGGUCUAACAUGGCCUCACGGGCUUCCUUAAUCCCUCGCGCUGAAAUACUUGCAACCUUCUGAUGCGUCUCUGGAGAUCUCAGGGCCUCCCUUUGGUGAUCUGUGGAGGCUUCAACAGCAGACGGGGAAGGCUCUCUGUGCUGUGUACAUGUAAGCAGAGUGGGCUGACACACACUCAGAGUGUUCACCCACAGCGUCUCAUGAGAACCCGACUCACUGCCUCCCUAAAGACACAGAAACAUGACGUGUGCGGCACCUGAAUUCAAACACACUUUUUUUACAACCUUGAUGCACUUAUUCAGUCGUCUUUAGAAAAACCUCUCAGACAUGCAAACUCAUCCUCAGUCUUCCUGGUAACACACACACCCACUCUCUCACACACACACACACAGAGUCCACAGAGACAGGGAGACAGCCCCUCUGUGCCUCUUUAAAGUGUGAAAUCAAUUUCCCUUGGCCCCGGCGAGGCUCAGGUGCUAAACUCAUCUCUCGGCGCCCCCUCAUCUUAAUUCAAUAAGCAGACGCAGGGAGAGCGAGGAAGACUCUGGCCGUGAUGUCAUCCCAAGCAGGGCAGGCAUACCGCAGAUGACGGGCAGGCGUUCAGCCAGAAUGGGGCGGGGCUUCAGGUCAAGCCCAGACAUAUUACCUGGAGAGAGGACGGUGAGGAGACGUCGUCGUUCCCUCAGAGCGGAGCAGAAUGUAAACACGAGCAAAUUCCAGAACAGCGUUCGAGACGGUACUUGAAGCUAGCGCAGGAUUUUUUUUUUUUCCCCUCAAACUUUAUUUAUACAGGAGAAGAAGAAGAAGAAGAGAGGUGAAGUCAGACACACACACGUGUUCCUCCUCAGAAACACUCAGAGAUCAGAGUCAGACAGUAACAAGUCAGUCACACCAAACUCUGCGAACUCCACAUCAGCAGAAGAAACAAGUCCAGGAUUAUCACCGAGCAGAGAGAGUCAGGCUGGUUAGGGUUUUAAAAACUUCAUCAAAAGUAGUUUAUCAUCUUUCUGACUGUUACCACUUCAACUUAUUAUUUAUUGUGAAUGUUUUUUCCAUUAUUAUAAAUAUCGUCUUUUUAUAUUUACUAUCCUGUUUCCUGCUUUUUACCCCUCUUUUUUACAACGUUUCUUUUUCUUACCUAUGUUAUGUUUUUAUUUUGGUCCUCAUGGUCUCAUUUUAUGUUGCAGGGUUCUUGUCUUGUCUGGGUUCCUUAUGACAAAUGAACUUGGUGCUCAAUUCUGAGGCCUCGUUUUAAACUGAGUUUUUGUUUUUUAAUUUUUUUUAUUUCCCUGUGCUGAUCAUAGACUGUUUAUACUACGGACAACUUGGUUCCACCUCCCGCCUGUAUACAGAUUUGAAGCCAAAAGCUCUCGGUAUUUGCACGAUUUUUCUUCAUUUCCUGAAACCACCACUUGCGCAGUAGCGUUGUACGCAUUCAGCGGGAGUCGCUGUGAUGACGCUCGGCUCAAACAGCGUAUCCCCCGGGUGAGCUACGCAAUCCCUGAACACCAGUAGGCUGUAUCAGGUGUCAAUCAAAGAAAACAUGAACCCUCUAAUAACUUUUAAAAAUGGAGCCGCACAGAAAAAAGAGGACUUGAACACAAACCAGUCUUACUGUAACUACAUGUCAACAUCACAACCAGGGGGAGAAAAAUUUAUGUUCUGUGUAAUAAAUUUCUAAAGUUUGUCCACAGCUCCAUCGGGAUUGCUGGAGGAGGCGGGAUUUAUGACCUGUACUGCAGCUCGUCACCAGAGGGUGCUUCACCCAGCAAGGAGGCAGACAGCGUCCAUUCUGUAUACAGUCUAUGGUGCUGAUGUUCUGUGCUUUACGGCUGUUUGUCAAAGCACUUUGUAAACUUUGUUUUCAAAAGCUAUAAAAAUAAAAUGUUAUUACUUUUAUUAUUUUUCGGGAAUGAUAAAAAGAGACAUUUUUAAAGCCUCUCGCAGCAUUCCAGGUUUUAAAAAUUACAAUCUAAAGAUCGUGGAGCUUGUCACUGACGGUUUUGUUUGUUUUUGUGUAUCAUAAAAAAAGCAUCAAUAUGAAAUUUUGCUGAUUUCAUGAAAAAGAAAAAGCUUUAACCUUUGAAAGGUCAAAAGUAAAUUUAACUAAAAGCCAGAGAAAUCCUUCAAAUGUCUAAAAUAUGAUAUUAAUUAAUCCAAAGGUAUUUAAAGAGAUUGAUUGGUAAUGUUCAAAUCUAUGCAGCACAGGAAAGUCCUCUUAGUGAAGGUCACUGACAACCUCUCUUUUUAACAUGACCUAAAUACUUAAUUUAAAGAAUAAAGUUAGGAAUCAGACAAACUUUAACUUUUUUGUUUUUAAAAGUUGUAAAAAAAUAUAUACAUGUGCCCAGACCAGAGCUUAAACUUUUACAUUUGUGUCAAAUCUAAACAAAUUCAGAGUAUUUUUGGUUUGGUCAAAACAGAUCAAAACAAAGCUUUCAUGAUUGUUACGUGAAGCACAAUUAUGGUCGUCACAGGCUGCCGUAGUUUAAUUAAAACUCAAAUUACUGCUUAUCUGUUUACUAGUUUGUUUUAUUAGAUUUUGCUUGUGGACAGAGAGUGUGUGUGGUCCGCUUCAGGUUCAGGGGAAAGUGACAGUGAACCAUCAGUGUGAGGGGAUAGUGUGUGUGUGUGUGUGUGUGAUGUCUCCUGUAAAAUGAACAGCUGAUGAAGACUUGGAGUGCGGGCUGACAGCUCCUAUCAUCAAUCCCUCAUCUCUCUCCCAUCUAGUGCUCAUCAUCUUACUCACCCCUAAACCCCCUCCUCACCCGCUCUGUCUCCGCCUUAAACUGCGCUCUCAUUGGCUCCUAAUGUCCUUUAAAAACACUCCUGAUUGGCCGCGUUGUUACUGAUGUAUGACAUCUUCUGGAAAAAAGGAGCGUAGAUUAGUGAAAUGUUCCUUUAAAACUCGCUUACCCUUUUUUUAUUUUCAGGGUCGAUGGGGACAGCGGGUCGAGUCUGUAACCGAACAUCCCGUGGCGUGGAUGGCUGCGAGGUCAUGUGCUGUGGGCGGGGCUACGACACAUCACGAAUCAGCAGGACCACCAAGUGCGAGUGCAAGUUCCACUGGUGCUGCGCCGUGCACUGCCGAGACUGCAACCAACAGGUCGACGUGCACACCUGUAAAGGCCAGACGUGACCUCGCCACACCCGGACACUACUGACCAAUCACGUUAAAGCAGCGUUCACACCGUGUAAAAGCCACCGCCACCGUGCAGAGUUCUGACUGGUCGUUUUCUGAUGACUUGUUUCUAAUCGUGUGAGUUUGUGUGGCGUUGACGUUCCUCCAGGUAGAGUUUCUCUUUUCUUUCAGCCGUGCUGUAUUUAUGCUGCUCAUGCUAAUCACACGCCUCCAUAUUUAAAGUCUUACAGAUGAUUUAGGCGGGAUUUGGGAUUUGUUAAAAGUCGACCUUACGGUGGCCGAGAAACGCCACUGCUGCAAAUAAAAGAGAAUGCAAAAAAAGAA